AGUGUGUGUGUGUGUAUAUAAGCAUCAUCCUGGCAUUGAUUUUUCGAUCACGGUCUUGAGACUAUUAAUGUGGUUGUUGUUGUUGCUAUAAUUGUCAUCCGGCCAGGUGAAGAAAUUAAAUAAUAUACAUACAGUACAUAAUUGGGAGUUAAAAAGAUGAGAAGAGUAAUGGCGGCGUAUAGCAUCAGCUAUGGUGGUGGUCUGCGGGGAGUAGUAGCUGGGCGAAUAAUUCUAAUUGUGAGUUUGGUCAUCCAAAAUGCAUAUGGCGCCAACGCUAAAUAUUCUGACAGGUGGGUGACAGGAGAAGCUCAUGCCACCUUCUAUGGAGGACCCAAUGAUUUCGAUUACAUGGGAGGGGCGUGUGGGUACGGGAAGCAAACAAAAGAAUGGUACGGGGACGACAGUACGACAGCACUAAGCUACGCAUGGUUCAACAACGGACUCUCUUGUGGGCAAUGCUUCGAGAUCAAAUGUGACGAUGAGGUUGAUCCCCAAUGGUGCAUACGCGGCGCGUCUGUCACCGUGACCGUCACCAAUUCCUGCCCCCCCAACCCUGCCCUUCCUAGCGACAACGGGGGAUGGUGCAACCUUCCACUCAAACACUUCGACAUGGCUAUGCCCGCUUGGUUGAAGGUUGCCAAGUAUAAAGCCGGAAUCGUCCCCGUAGCAUAUAGAAGGGUACCGUGCGAGAGAAACAAUGGAGUGAGAUUUACAAUAACGAAAUCAUCCCCGUACUUCAGUUGGGUGUUGAUAUCGAAUGUGGGUGGAGCUGGAGCUGUGACAGCAGUGCAAAUGAUGGGUUCCAAGGGUAAUGGGUGGAGGGAUAUGCAGAGAAACUGGGGGCAAAAUUGGCAGAUCGAUGAAUCCCUCACAGGCCAGGCCGUGUCUUUCAAGGUCGAAACUGAAGACGGGGAAUCCGAAUCUUUUAUUAAUGCUCUCCCAUCCACUGCCAAUAUUGGGCAGGAUUUCUUGGCCAGCCCUAAUGACCAAUUCCACUAAAUAUAGCCCCGCCCGCCCUCAUUCACCUCUUUGAAUUGCCUGGGGCGGCGGCAUACUAUAUUAUACUACCAUGUCCAUCUCGCACAUUAGUUGUUACUUCAAUCUACUUCAUUAUUAUCCUACGUACUCUUGUACUACGUAUUAAAUAAUAUUAGUCCCU